GUGAUAUUGAAGCCUAAAAGUAUUAUUGCUUUGUUUCUUACGGAGUUUUUUUUAUAACGCACCAAAAGCCCGCAAAAGUGUGCAUGCGUUGAGGAAUUCAAUGUUAUUUUAGAAAAGGUCCAAUGUCGUGAGCAGGUAACAUGUGGCGGAGUGGAUUCCUGAAAGGGACCACCUGUCUCUUGGCAGCCCGCAGCAUCCGAACGCUACCUAGCCAAAUAUGUCUCUCGUCAUUCCUUGUCAGAAUCCUCCUACCCAGGCAACACACUCCACGAGUUCCUGUUCCUUCUUGCUAUCAGGGACAAGUAUGGGUGACGUCACUGCCAGUUUUUGGUACCAGGAGUUACAAACGGGACACCAAGUCUAUUCUUGAGUUUCCUGUUGACCCUAUUACAGUAACAGAUAUCAAACAAUAUCUGCGCUCCAAAGCCAUCCCAUUCCACGAUGGCUACAGCUGCUUGCAUGCCCCAAGCAUUUUCCUUGACCCAGUUGUGGGUACAGGAAAGGAGAAUUUCACAAUGUUUAUUGAUAAAACCACAGGCCAGUUUCUGUGCAAGGAGACCCUGGUAGAGGGGAGCUGGGAGGACCUCCAGGACUGCCUGGAGGUCAUGCAGAAGGAGGAACAGGCCUCCCUCAGCCCUGAUGUUUUGCUGGGCUACCCAGAGAGCCUGGAGGAGCGAGAGGAGAAGGAGCAAGAGUUUAGAGAGGUGCAACGCAUCUGGUCUAGCGCUGUGCCCUUCUCAGACCUCCCCGAUGAGGAGGCGCAGCUGGUCAAAACCAUGUUCCAGAUUGGCAAGAUCUCAAAUGCCACACUCAAGAAGUUCGGGGUGAGGCUAUUCAAGCCCACCAAGAGCCUGGUGUUCCCCUGGUUCUCCGGACGAGACUCCAGCCUGCGGGGUGUCAAGCUGCUGUCCGCCCAGAGAACGGAGAGUGGGACGGUGGCUUACGCCGAGGUCACAGUGCCAAAGGCCAGCUCCUACAACAACCUGUUUGGGCUGCCGAUGGUGGGGCGCAUGGACACCGAGGUGAUCCUGACGGGCCGGGAGGUGGACACGCUGGCGGUGAGCCAGGCCACGGGACUCCCCAGCGUGGCCCUGCCCCGUGGCGUGAACGCCCUGCCGCCGGCCCUGCUACCCUACCUGGAGCAGUUCAAGCGGGUCACCCUGUGGCUGGGGGGGGACAUGCGCUCCUGGGAGGCCUCCAAGAUCUUCUCGAGGAAGCUGGGCCUGAAGCGCUGCUCCCUGGUGCGCCCGGGGGAAUUCCAGCCGUGUCCCCUGGAGGCCCUGGGCCAGGGCAGGAACCUGGCGCGCAUCGUCAGGGCCUCCAUCCCCGCCGCCCAUAAGUCCAUUGUGUCCUUCCGGCAGCUGAGGGACGACGUGUACGGGGAGCUGGUCAACACGGAGCAGGUGGCCGGGGUGAAGUGGACCAGGUUCCCGGAGCUCAACAGAAUCAUGAAGGGCCAUCGCAAGGGGGAGCUGACAGUCUUCACAGGACCCACGGGCAGCGGAAAGACCACCUUCAUCAGCGAGUUCGCCCUGGACCUGUGCAUGCAGGGCGUCAACACGCUGUGGGGCAGCUUCGAGAUCAACAACGUGCGCCUGGCCAAGAUCAUGCUGACCCAGUUCGCCAUGCGGAGGCUGGAGGAGAACCUGGGCGAGUACGACUGGUGGGCCGACAGAUUCGAGGACCUGGCCCUCUACUUCAUGACCUUCCACGGACAGCAGAACAUCAAGGCCGUGCUGGACACCAUGCAGCACGCCGUCUACCUCUAUGACAUUGGCCACGUGGUCAUCGACAACCUGCAGUUCAUGAUGGGCCAGGAGAACACCUCUGUGGACAAGUUCACCGCCCAGGACCACAUCAUCGGCUCCUUCCGGAGGUUUGCCACGGACAGCGGCUGUCACGUCACCCUGAUCAUCCACCCACGGAAGGAGGAGGAUGACCGGGAGCUACAGACGGCGUCCAUCUUUGGAACGGCCAAGGCCAGCCAGGAGGCGGACAAUGUGCUCAUCCUGCAGGAGAAGAAACUCGUGACCUGUCCUGGCCGGAGGUCCCUCCAGGUGGCCAAGAACCGCUUCGACGGGGACGUGGGUAUCUUUCCCCUGGAGUUCAACAAGUCUUCGCUCACCUUCUCCACCCCGCUCAAGGGCAAGCACAAACUGAGAAAGGUCAAAGGCGACAAGGCAGAGGGUUCUGAGGGGGAGGGGACUUCAGGAGAGGGUUUAAAGAAGGACGAGACAGCGCUAAAGAAGGAAACGGUGGUUUCGAAGGAGAAUCUGGUGAAGCUGGAGAGGCCACCCAAAGUUAACAAAACGCCCAGAGCUCCUAAGAGUACUACCGUGGGGAGGGGCACAACUUUGCCAGAGGGAAAGAAACAGCCAUCGAAGGAAGACUGAGUGUUUUAUCUUGUGACAUGUAUGUUCCCAUCUGACAGGACAGAAAUGGUUGCUCUCCAUUUACGAUAUAAUGCCGUGAUAUGGCAUUACUGCAUAAUUCUGAUGAUUUGUCACAUGGUCGGAGAAGGUGUCAGAGUAUGUGACUGAAGUAUGAAAGCUUUUAUCUAAAUAAGGAAUGAUUUACGGACAAUACGGUUUGCACGAUAUAGAUAUUGGCAGUGAAUUAAGCUAAACUGUUUGUCUAUAGCCCUGUCUGUCGCCAAGUAAUUUGUAUUUUUCUACUGUGCACUGUCAUGACAACGGCCUUCUGGGGAGUACCUACUGUGUACUGUCAUGACAACGGCCUUCUGUGGCAAGUGCUCACUAACACUGUCUUUUUUCCUGUGUUGUUGCAGAAUGUGAAUGCUACCACAGGUACCCUCUGCUGACAUUUCAGUGUGUUUCACACACACAGUGCUGGUCCUUGUUUACCUCAUUAAAACGCCAAGCACCAGUA